UGUUGUCAGGAUAACGAGAAAAACGAGCACCUCACCCUCCCUUGGGAACCGCAAAUCCGCAAUGUCUGCCGCGCCCGCAGCCGCGGUGCUUCGGCCCCACCUCUCCCUUCUCUCCGGCGGCGGCGGCGGCGGAAUCCCCAGCGGCACAUUCCAGACUCUAUCCUAUGUCUCACCCCUUCUCCACCACCGCCGCCGCCGCCGCGGCGGCGUCGUCCUUCGGUCCAACGCUUCCUCGUCGCUUCCUUCUCCCCGCCCUUCUCCGGAGAAGGAGGCCGAGAAGGCUCCGACGGCGGAGUCGUGCGUCAACCUCGGCCUCGAGCUCUUCUCCAAGGGCAGGGUGAGGGACGCACUUGAACAAUUUGAGAAUGCCCUAGAGCUGGAACCAAAUCCUAUUGAAGCCCAAGCAGCACUCUAUAACAAAGCAUGCUGCCAUGCGUACAGGGAAGAAAGCAAAAAAGCUGCAGAAUGCUUGAGGACAGCUUUGCGAGAUUACAAUCUCAAAUUUGGUACUGUACUUAAUGAUCCAGACAUGGCACCGUUCAGAGCAUCACCAGAAUUUAAGGAACUUCAAGAGGAGGCAUUGCGCGGUGGAGAAGAUAUCGGUUCUGGGUUCCGGAGAGAUCUGAAGCUCAUUAGUGAAGUACAAGCACCGUUUCGUGGUGUCCGGAGGUUCUUUUAUGUGGCGUUCAUUGCAGCAGCUGGAAUUUCAACAUUCUUUACCAUUCCCAGACUUAUACUUGCAGUUCAAGGUGGUGAUGGUGCUCCAGAUUUGCUUCAAACUGCUGGGAAUGCUGCCAUUAAUAUUGGAGGUAUUGUUGUGCUGGUGGCUUUGUUUAUCUGGGAAAACAGGAAAGAAGAGCAGCAGAUCACCGUAAUUUCUCGCAAUGAAACGCUUUCAAGGUUACCUGUGCGUCUGUCAACAAAUCGCAUUACUGAACUUGUGCAACUCCGGGACAUUACUAGGCCAGUUAUAUUGGCAGGUUCGAAAGCAUCAGUAACUAAAGCAACGCAAAGAGCUGAGAGGUACCGAACUGAACUUCUCAAACGAGGUGUUCUUCUAAUUCCUGUUAUCUUUGGUGCUUCGGAGAAAGCCCAGACCAAACCUAAGGGAUUCGGUACUACAAGAUCUGCUGCAUCAGUCCCUUCAGUUGGGGGUGAUUUUGAAAAGCGUACUGAAUCUAUUGCCGCAAAAUCACGGUUGAAAGCUGAGGUUCGAUUUAAGGCUGACAUUGUCUCUCCUGACCAGUGGGAAAGUUGGAUAAGAGACCAGCAAGAGUCUGAAGGUGUCACUCCUGGUGAAGAUGUCUACAUAAUCCUCCGUCUUGAUGGUCGCGUGAGAAGAUCUGGAAGAGGUAUGCCGAAUUGGAACGACAUUUUACAGGAACUGCCACGGCUUGAAGAUUUGCUGAGCAAACUUGAACGAUGAAAAACACCGUAAAACUGCAGUUUGGCAAUCUGUUAAUUAUUGCUUGUGCCUCAGUUUGGCAUGUCGUGAAGGCUGGCGGACCAGCAAAUUGCACAUCCUGUUAGGUUUUGAAAAUGGAAACUUUUAUUGAUCUCGACGGCAUAUCGAUCGAUACACAUAAAGUAUCACAUCCUGUUACGUGAGGGUCAGUUGCAGCUUCUUUUAGUUUUAUUCUUAAUUUGCAUACAUCAAGAUGGGAGGCCUUGUCUCUGUGGGAAGUGUUUUUUAUAUGCCAGAGAUGAAGCGAUACCGUAUAGGUAUAGCAUAAACUGUUAGGAGUAUUAACAAAUAAAAGAGUUGUUUUCCAGUGGUGGCACGGUAUUUCAUUGUUAUGUGAUAUACUCCGGUACUACAUAGCUAUUGAAUGCAUCUUAACGCUAUGGUUAACACAUGGCAAUUUUGUGUGGA